GCUCCAGCUGUUUCCGAGAGUCCUUAAGGUCUUAUUUGAUUCCGGCUUCCAGCACUCGUUUACCAUGAUGUUUAUUCUUUCUACCUGCGAGUAGCCGUCUCUCCCAGCUGAGCAACCAACCAACUAAGCGGUCAGCCGAAAAUAGAACCAUAGGCACCUACAUUAUUCAAAGCAUGCCUUGGUUAAUACAACCUUGGUUAAUACAAUUGUUUCCCGCUAGUCCUUUGUACGCGAUAGUUUUUCUCAAUUUGCAGGUGUGAGGGAGAUAGAAGCUUGAGACUUGAAGUCUUGAGAAGUAGACCGGAUAGAUAAAAUUUAAUACGAAUCGAUAAUGCCUUCAACUACCAUCAACAACUACUUCGGGGAGGUUCCGAAAGUACAUAACCUUGGAUCGAAAUGCCGGUUCGCCCCGAUAUCCCAUCCCCCUUGUUCCUCCGACAUCGACGAAAUUCCGCCGGUAAACGCCCAUUACUUUUACGCGUCUUCCGUUCCCAUCGAUGAGCCUCUUUCCACCACUCCUAUUGCUGUUGCUGCCGAUCCCAAAUCUAUCAGGAGUAGCCUCCGUCCAUUCUCACCAGGGGACAACAACGCGAUAGAGAAAGCCUGGUUGAGUCUCGCUUCGGACGCCUAUCGCCAGAACCACUCCAAUGCCCGGCAGAACCGACCUCCUAGCCCUCCACUUGCUAAAGCAAAUAGCGAGAAGCUACGUAGUAUCGUACGCCAACUAGCUGUGGAACAUGCUGAAAAGCAUGCACGCGAAGGCCCCUCGCGGGAAAAGGUCCAGCCUUUAAUUGAAGCUCUGCCGGAGCUAGAGACUGCCGCGCUCUUAUGCUGCAAAGAGCUUCUUGUUGAUGUCGGUGUUGCUCUACGGAUAUCCUUCUGUGCUGUCGCUAGGCGAAGGCAACAGGAGCUUAACCGAGAUAUGGUUGCUCAAGCUGUUAUGAGUGAGAUGAAUACGUUGCAUACCGAUUCAACGGCUUCCGUCACAGAACGCCGUGCGCCGCCUGACAACAUGCCUUCAAGCCAGUCGCCAAUCGACUCUGUGAUGCGAUCAAAUCAGCUUAAUGAACGGCCCAAUAGCCAGCCUUCAAGCAUAACGUCACAGUCCCCAACGACAGCUCAGUAUCCCUCAAUCGACAGAAGCGCCAAUGUGCCAGUCCCUACGAAGUCUUCGUUAGUGGAUGAUGGUAUCUCAGGUAGACCAUUUGUCCGCGUAGGCACGCCGGAAACUCCGAUUAAUUCUCCACCGGCGUCAUUUCCGAGGGCGAGUACUUUUCACCCCAGCAAGCUUGUUGAGGAGAUGAGGAUUGAAGAAGCCAGGUCGCCUCGUCCUACGCCGGUAGAGAACCCCUCCCCCUCCCCUAAGCCUGUGGAAGCUUCAAAGGUGGUUUCGCGCGAAGUGACGGUUGGUGUCUCCAGGUUACAUGAAGUAUCUCUCCCUGCGUUACAGAUGAAGCCUAUAUACUGGUCUCCUGUUAAUGAUAUUGCUGCCGUUCUCCGAGCUACUUGGUUCUACAGAGAUGAUAUGAGGCCAAUUGAUCCCACUGUAGCUAAUCAGCUAGAAGCUGGAUAUCGAGAGCUCAAGCCCCACACUGAGACGUGGAACGAUGAGCUCAGAUGUGCCGUAGAAGUUGGCCCUCUAGGCGAGGAAAAAGUCUCGCAUCCCUUAUGGCCAAAGGCACUGGGCAAGUCUUCUAAAAAGGUCGACGAUUUGAUGGAGCCACCCAUAUCUAGCAAUCCAUUUUGUGCAGCUCGUUGUUUCCAUGGAGAAGCAGCAGCUGAGGGUAGUCUGAUACCCUCUCCAAACGAAGACAACUCCUCUCCUGUUCCAACCCACAAGAAGUUCGAGCAAUAUCAUGUAAUAUACAAAGAUCACACUACGGCGUAUUUACUAAAGCCAAGCCUGAAGCCAUCGGCAUAUUACGGUCGCCGCCCAGUAGCAAAGAUAAUGAGAGGCAUUACCGUUGGCAUCCCGGUAGUAAGAGGCUUUAACUAUGAGGCAUGGAUGAGAAAGCACAAGAAGCAGGAGCAACAAUAUCAACAAGCCCUAUCAGGUUUCAAUAGUUCGCAAGAAAAUGAUAGGAAUGACGCCUGCCCAGCCUGCAAGGCUGAUGAAGAGCGGGCGCAGGUCACAGAUCUGGUUCUAGUCGUUCACGGCAUUGGCCAGAAGUUGGCAGAGCGAGUAGAGAACUAUCACUUUACCCACGCCAUAACUGCCUUUCGUCGAGCUGUUAAUACCGAACUUCAUAGUGACGCGGUAAAGGGAGCAUUGAGACGAGGACAAAACUCUAUCAUGGUUCUUCCAGUGAAUUGGAGGCAAAACCUAUCGUUCGAGGAUGGCGGGCCAAUGAAGGAGGAAGAUAAAGAGCACUAUACACCUGGCAACUUCACUUUAAAGGAUAUCGAGCCCAAGACGAUUCCUGCCGUCCGGAGCAUGAUAUCAGAUGUCAUGUUCGAUAUUCCCUUUUAUAUGUCACAUCAUAAACCCAAGAUGGUAGCAGCUGUGGUUAGCGAAGCGAAUCGCGUUUACAGACUCUGGUGCCGAAAUAACCCCGGCUUUGCGGAGAAAGGACGGGUUCAUCUGAUCGGCCAUUCGCUCGGCAGCGUCAUGUGCAUUGAAGUGUUGUCGAGACAGCCGACUACUCCACCAGUCCUAGAGCUCACGGCGCCACUCCAGUUAAAUCAUUUCGAAUUUGACACCAAGAAUUUGUUUCUUCUCGGCAGUCCUGUUGCUUUCUUCCUAUUGUUAGAAAGGGGUGCGUUACUACCAAGGAAAGGGCGCCGGAAACCAGGGGCAGACCCCAACGAUAUUUUGUCGAAAGACGUCGUUGGGGAUGCCGGACUGUUCGGAUGUAUCGCCGUGGAUAACAUCUAUAACAUCAUGGCCAGGGAAGAUGCUGUUGCGUAUCUACUCAACGGCACCUUAGAUCCGAUGUACGCGGCCAGCUUGAAAACAGCAUAUGUGCCGAGUACAUCGACGUCUUUCCUACACUCUGUAGGGCAUGCGAUGAUGAGUAUCGUCCCUGGAGUUGGGUCUUCCACGGCAGCUAAUGGCGUAAAUGCGCCGGUUCCAAGGCCGCCGACGAUGCGUCUCCCCUCGCAACUCGAACUCGAAGUCCACGAUUUCUCACGUGAGGAGAUUGCCGAGAAGAAGGCUUUCCUCCUUAACGACAACGGUCAGAUCGACUAUUUCCUGCGGUCAGGUGGCGGCCCGCUCGAGCUACAGUAUCUGAACAUGCUAAGCGCGCACACCAGUUACUGGGUAAACCACGAUCUUAUCCGCAUGCUAUGCAUGGAGAUCGGGCGGAACCCUGGAAAGGCGAAUACGCUACCCGCGAUGAGGGCGGUUAAGGCUACGAAACGGGUUAUACCUUCGGCAGUCUGAAUAAAAUAUUUGUCUUAUUUACGAUUUACAUUUGU